UCAUGGCAUGGUAGAAUUUGUGAAAUACAUUAGAGACGGCAGUAAAAUAGAUUUAGUAGAUUGCUCACUGAGGCUGAAGAAAGUAAAGAUGGAGGACAAAGAAGAAUACAUAUGUGAUGUUCAAACCGAGAAGAAACCUUUUACAUACCACAGAGCACUGGCAGUGUGUGGUCUGUUUCAAUACUUGAUCACAGCUGGAGUACUUUUUUCAGAUGUUUUUUCAGACGUCUUUGCCAUUACCGGGAACACACUGUUUCUCUUACUCUACAUUGGGAUGCAGUUGCUGUACUGCUUUAUGAACGCUAUCUUCGGAGGUUGGGGGCAUAUGGACUAUUGGUGCUUCACAUACAUGGAUAUAAUCAACUGGAUGCUGCUGUCGCUACUUGUUGUUGGAUAUUCAACCUUCAGUUUAAGGAUGUUUGUCAUCACAUUAGUGCCUACUCUUGUGGUGGAUGUGUUGUUUCACUUACAACAGUACAAUAAGAAAUUCUGGGAGUUGGCCCAUAUGCAAACGGAGUUGCCGACCAUUGAUCUACAGCUGUGCGUGCCCAACGGUUCGGAGUUGGGUCCUGAGUUCGUCUCUGGCGUGUUGGCAGGGGAGGUGAAAGCGGGUUGUUGA